AUGAGUAACACAUUUGAAGUUCGGCAGGAAGGGGCUACACAAUCCUCUUCAAUUGCGGCGGCUUCUUCUUCUUCCGCUCUAGGGAUGUCCGAUUCCACGAGUCCCUCAAGUACAGCUUCACCCACACCACAAAAUGCAGGCUCUACUGCACCCACCCCAACAAAGUCUGCCGCGCUCAUUCCUUCCUCACUGGCGCUGUCGUCAUCGGGAACGCCUACCCGUACAUCCAGCAUAACAAAUAUCGCAAGCAGCAGCGCUAUACCCUCAGGAUCCCAUAAACCAAGCUACUCCGGUGGGACCCUUGCAGGAGCUAUAGUAGGAUCCAUUGCAGGAACACUUCUCCUAGCACUGCUGGCCUUCUUUUGCCUGCGCCAUCGCAGAAAGCGCAACCAUCCCGAUGCAAUUGCCCAAAGUUCCAUCUCUGUAACAACAGAAACUCCGAAACAACCCGCACAGAUUCAAAGUCGCAUUUUCGGGGGCACUGCUACUACUUCGCACGAUAAGCAGACACAUAUCGCUCCCGCUAUCGAGUCGCAACUUUUUGAUCUCGGGUCAUAUAUCCCAAGCCCGGUGGACGAUAACACUGUUUCCACGAAAAUUCAAACUCUCUAUGACCAGGCCAGUCUACACAUCGACAAUUACUACUCUUAUACCAAUCUAGCACUUCGGUUGACACCGGAUGUCGUGGCUUGCAUGAACAAAUUUGAUUCACCAUUCCUCCCGUCUCCUUUGGCAAUUUUACUCUCAAACCCAAGGUCCAAGAGAGCUGCUCUGACACACACUUUGGUGAGGGCUCUGCUGCAGGGUAUUCAACCAGGGAGCCAAACACGCUCUCUCCUUCCGCCAUGCUAUACAAUGAGCCGAAACAAACAAGAAACUAGUGGUGAUGAUUUCGGUACGCUUCUCACAUCCUGUAUCCUCGUCGAUACUGAGCUGAUUAAAUCUACUAUAGAUGACCAUCGUGUCAUGUUUGCCUGGCGUAUAUUAACGUCAAACAUCUAUACUCGGGGCCAUAACCCCCAGGGACCUACUUCCGCGAUAUCUCAAAGAGAGGCAGUCGCAGCUCUAGUAGAAGAUUUUGCUACAGCGUUCGCGCCGUAUUUCGAUUCCCAUUCCACUGUGGAAGAUCACCUCAGCCACCUGACCAGCGUGGUCCAGGCAGCGGCCGACCUCGGCGCUUGGCUAUUUUCUCAGCCGUGUUCCUUUGAGUUCCGAUGGAGUCCAUUGGUUACUCCUUUGAACCAAGUUAUCAUGUUUCCAGCUGUUCUUAAAGUUGGUGAUGAACAGGGGCGCCCAUUGUCGGUCCCUCAUACACUAGUGGAAGAGACCUCAGCACGGAUUUGA